GAAAAGGCCUGCUUAUAAGAGCUAUUCUAGGGGCACUAUUUUAGUUGCGUGUACCUGCAUUUUUGCCCUAUACUGGCUUCAGCACGAGCGAAUUCCGUUUGACUACGCCUGCCUCCAUACCCGUCUCUGGCAAGAGCGUCGCAGUGACCUCAAAACGCGAGUUUCGCCCACCACUCCUCUCACAACAUCGCCAUAGCAUCACUACGCUACUCGGCAUCCAUUCACUUACGCCACGCAUCCACUUACGCCACGAUCCACAUAUUGCUGCGCAUACAUACCGCUAUGCAUCCACACACCACUCUUAUUCUCACCCUCACCACCCUAUCCGCAGCUCUAACCCUCACCCCCCACGCCCCGACACACACCUUCUGCAUCGAGCCAUACACGUCCUACUGGCAAUCAGGCUACAAAACCGUCUUCUUCACCCACCCCGCCGCGCCCUACAACUUCUCCAUCCUGACCGGCUACAUGCGCUUCUACCCGCCCGUGCUCGCCGCCUGGUUGCACGAAAAGGGCUUCCACAUCGCCAACGCCUCGGCCCUGACACCACACGAUCUCUGUGGCUGGGCGCCCGGCGAGCCCGUCGUGCGCGACGGCCGCCGCCACGGCGUGAUUAGCUGGAAACACACGCACACGACGGACGCCUCGCUCGCGGCACCCCGCGCGCGUCCCCAGCGCGCCGCCCGCAUCCCGCUCGCGCCCGCCGCACUCGCCGGCGCCGCACACCUACCGCAGGACCCCCUCCUCGACACCGUCAGAGCCGUGCUCAGAGACAACACCCCGGACGCCGACCGCUUCUACUACCUCUCCCUCCUGCUGGCCACGGCCUGCGGCUCGCUGGUCGCCGCGCUGCUGUUCUACGGGCUCGCGGGCCUUGCGGCACUCAGGGCGCGCGCGCGAAGCGCGACGCUGGAUAAGGAUCAGGGCGUCGAGCUCGAGGCUGUCAAGGUGCAUGCGCUGGACGACGCGGUGCUGAGGCGCGAGGGGGUCGUGCGGACGGCGGUCGAGGCGCCGCCGCCGGUGUACUCUGUGGAUGGGGCCGGGCGGUAG